AUGCCAAAUCCAAAAAAGAGAGUAUUUCAUAAUACACCUGUUCCUAUUUUUACAAGUGCACGCACUUAUAUUCCAGACAUUUCUUCUGAGGAUAGUGUUACUGCAAAUACUUCGAAAUCAGAGCUUGAACAAAAAUUAGAAUUUUAUAAAAGAAAAGCUACUUUCAAAGAAUUUCGUCGUAAUUUUAACUAUGUUACACCAAUCAAAAGUAUUGCUGAUCCUCACCUUAUUGAAUGUCAAGUAUGUGAAUAUAUUGCACAAAUGGCCAAGAAGGAUGGAGAAGAAUAUAAGGCCAAAACUAUUCAACAAGCAGUUGAUAGAAUAAAUAGAUAUCUUGUUAAACAUAGGUCUGUUCAGGGUUUAAAUUUACAUGACAAAUACCAGUUCCCUAAUUUGCAUGAUGUUGUAAAUGGCAAAAUGAAAGAUCUACAAGAAAAAGGCUUAGGUGAAAAAGAAGGUUCAGUUGCAUUAUCAGCUCAACAGAUCCAAUCUGAUGAUAGUAUUUUAUUUUAUCAUUAUCGUAGCAAAAAUAAUCAGCGUGGAAUUCUUGGAGGUGCUGCACAAAGUAUACAUUUACCAUCUGAUUUACCUGGUAUAUCUGGACCUGUUAGUGAUAUCAUGAAAUAUAUUUCAAAACGCCCCUCAGAUGCUUUUAGCAAUUUUUACUUACAUCCUAAUCAGGACUGGUGGGUUACUGGUAUUUGGUAUUACAAGAAGCAUUGUGGAAUUAAUAGAGUCCAAAAUUUUAUGAAAGAUAUUGAAAAUAAAGUUAAAGUACAACUUCCUGAUGGAAUUCUAACAAAUCACACUGGAAGAAAGACUGCUGCUUAA